AUGCUCUCGUUUCUUGUCUUAACUCUGGCAGCCAGUGGCGUCACUGCUGCCCUGGACUGCAAAUGUUCUCCAUCAGACCCAUGCUGGCCGGCUAGCUCCGACUGGGCGUCUUUGAACGAGACCCUGUCCGGACAUCUCAUUCGAACCGUCCCCCCUGCCGUGGUUUGCUAUCGCAACGAGCCGGAAUUUGACCAGAAGGCAUGUCAGGCAGUCCUGUCGAACUGGACAGCCUCUGCCUUCCACGCUGCCGACCCGGCUAGUGUCGACGACCCGGCGACCGCAAACAACAGCUGCAAUCCUCUGUACUCGAACGGAACCAGCAUCACAGGUAACAAACAUGCUCUCCGAGAGGGCUGCUCACUUGGAAAUUAUUUUCCUUACGUGGUCAACGUCACGGAGCUGAGCCAUGUUCAGACAGCGCUGAAAUUUGCGGCGGAUCGGAACUUGCGUGUUAACAUUAAGAAUACCGGACAUGGAUCAAUCCGAAGAAUCUGGACGCAUAACCUGAAGGAUAUCAAAUUCCACGAAGCCUUUCAUCCGCAUGCGUGCAAGCUCAACUCCACUGGCAACGGAACUCAUAUGGCCGCCACGCUCGGUGCUGGUGUACAAGACAUGGAGAUGUUCAAAGCCCUGGCGAAACACAACGCGAUUGCCGUCGGCGGAACUAACCCUGAUGUCGGCGUUGUCGGCUGGGCUACCGGUGGUGGUCACGGCCUAGCCACUGGCAAGUACGGCAUGGGUGCCGACAACAUCAUCGAGGCGGUUGUCGUGACCCCAGCGGGCAAGGUCGUGACUGCCAACAGCUGCCAGAACGAGGACCUACUCUGGGCUAUCCGCGGUGGUGGCAGCGGCUUCGGUGUCAUCCUAAGGGUCGCUGUAAAGGCAUAUCCGAUGUCAAUGCUCUCGCUAGUAGGAUUGGAACUGUCUGCCAAGAAGGGCGCUUCGAUCUCGGAGUGGUAUCGCUUUGUUGCUGAGGUUCACAAGUACUUCGCCCAUCUUCAAGAUGCCGGAGUCCAUGGCUAUUACACUAUGGAUGGAGAAAAGCUUGGUGUGACCGGGUCUUUGCUGAUCUACGACACCAAAAAUGAGACGAUCAAUAAGCUGCUGUCGCCAAUUCAGAGAUUCGCUGAUAGUUCGAACGUCACUGCACCAACUACUUUCGAAGCGGCAACCACAGUACCCUGGUUCGAUCUUGUGAAGACUAUUCCGGCAAUCGAGUCGGUCGGUACGUCAGAGAAAACUACUGCGUCACGAUUCAUUCCGCGCCGGGCUGUAUACGAAGACAGCAGUCUAUUCGCAAAGACAUUGGAGGAUAUUCUUUCUCCUCAGGAUCCGCCAUUUGGUGUAUCAAACCCAUCUGUGUCAGGCACCAUGACAGGAAGCAGGGUUCCUGUCGACAACGCUUUGAAUCCUGCUUGGCGCGAUAGCGUCAUGCAUUUGAUUGUUUCCCAGAACUGGGAUCAAUCCGUGCCUUCGGCGGUUGCGGACAAGGUCAAGCACAACAUGGCACAUCAGAGAGGUGCUGUAUUGCGUCGGUUGGCACCGGAAACUGGGGCCUAUUUCAACGAGGCCAGUGACAACGAGCCUGAUUGGCAACGAUCUUUCUUCGGACCUCACUAUCCAAAGCUGCAAGCCAUCAAGCAGAAGUAUGAUCCGAAUGGACUUCUCUACUGCCAUCAAUGUGUUGGUAGUGAGCUCUGGAGUGAGAAGGAGGAUGGAAAGCUUUGUCGCGCUUGA